AUGAACGAAACUCGUAACCAGAAGAUUCAGAGAUUAAAGCAAAUUCGAGAAGAAUUCAACGGAAUAUCACAUUCAUUAGCUAAUGGAACAGGAAUACCGCGCUUAAAAAUCGAACAUGAAGCAGAUAUUGAACCGUUGACAAUAAAUUCAGACGUUAAAAAGUAUAUUGAUCAAAUAAAUAGGACGUUAGUUUUAGAUGAGCCAAAAGUACACAGAAAUGCUUAUCAAAAGCAGCUUAUUGCAUCAUCUGCAAGAAUUAAAAGAAUUAAUAAUGGAUAUUCAAUUGUCAAUUCUAUUAAAUCACCUCGAAUUUUAAUGAAAAAGCAAUAUUCUACCAGUGUGCCAUUUGUUUCCGAAAAAGAAUCGAUUACACCAGAAAGUCCUCAUUUUAUUCCAGAUUUAGGUCCAAAAGCAACAUUUAUUCUACCUCAAGAGAUUGUUGAAGAUAGUUUAUCUAGUAAGAAAUCAAACGAUCUUAAUAAAUUAGAAUAUAAAAUUAAAGAAGAUGAGAGAAGACUACUGAAUGAUUUUGCAAAUAAAAUGAAUGUUAGAGAAACACAUAGAGAAGAAAUUAUGAAACAACGCCACAAAGAUUUUAUUCAAUUUGGCUUUGAAGAAAGUAAUCGGCGUGCGAACAGAGCACAAAAGAUAUUUGAGAUUAGAUAUCUAAGAGAGAACGAUUGGGAGUGGUGGAGUCCCCUUCUCGACACUUUUCAAACUUCUACGCCAGGAAUUUAUGAUCUUGAAUGUUUGGAAGAUCUUUCCAAACUUAAUGAGCUUACGGAAUAUAACAUCUCUAAGGUAUUUAAGAAAGGGGCUAAAAAAUCUCCAAACGCAAAAGAAGUUUAUCGGAAAACAUUAAGAUUAGCGAAUGAAUUUGGUCAUUUUCUAUCUCCUGCCAAACUCAACCUGGCUUUCAAAACUAUUGAUGAUAAAUUAUAA